AUGUUUAACGUCCGUAGCGAAAUUGUAAUUCAAAGACACCGUCAUAAGUCUAGGACAAAAAGUUCGAAAAUUAAAUCUUUAUUACUACCCAAUAAUAAUUACUUACGUGAAUUUUCAUCGAUCACAAGCUUACAUGGCAUAAUGUAUUUGGGUGAACCCAAAAGACCUCUAUUGGAAAGGGUUUUUUGGAUAGGUGUUAUGUCUUUGGUGAUGUCCCUAUGUGGCUUGCAAAUUUAUCAAUUAUACAGUAAUUGGUUGAGUAGUAGAACGAUAUUGACGUUGGAUAACAACAAGUAUGGCAUAUGGGACCUGCCGUUUCCGGCAAUUACAUUCUGUAGUGAUAUUCAGCUUCAACAUAUCGACAAUAGGACAAUCGGAAACGAUACGUUUAAUAAAGAAACCGAAGAUGUAAUAAAUUUAUUGUGUAAUAAGUUUGAACUUUAUAAAAAUGUGACUUUAAAAAUUAUUGAUUCAAAAUAUUGGGAACACGUGAUUAAGAAUCAUAAGACUGAUUGUAAAAAUUUGAUCCCGAUGUUAUUUUGGAUUCAAGACGAAAUAUACUCGCCUUGUGAUUAUAUCCAACCGAUAAUAACAUCAUACGGCCUGUGUUAUUCAAUUAAUAUGAUUCCUCAUCAUCAGUUGUUGCACAAUAAUUAUCUUCAAUCAACAUCAUUUUUAAACUUGACACAAGCCGAUAUCAUAGCAAAGAAAAAUCAAACCAUCUGGACCCCAGAAACUGGUUACAGUCCAAACGCAACCCCGUUUGACGUACCAUGGAGAGUGACGGGCGAUACCGUCGACAAUGCGGUUCGGUUGAUUUUUGAUUUGACGAACAAGAAUUUAGGAGACCAUUGUCCGAAAAGAGAUUCUGGACUAACGUUGAUUGUCCAUAGUCCAGUGGAUGUUCCAGUCGGAAUCCAACCUACAGCUUACGUUACCGGUAGUAGCAUGCUAUCUGUUGCAUUAUCACUGAAUAUUAUACGCACCUCACAUAAAAUUAAAACAUGGGCGCCAAAACUUCGGAAUUGUUAUUUUCAACAUGAAAAAAAACUGAAGUUUUUUAAAAUCUACACACUUCACAAUUGCGAAAUUGAGUGUAGAGCCAAUAAUACUUUUAACAUAUGCGGUUGCAAUGCUUAUUUUCAACCAAGAGAUCCGGGAGUUCCGGUUUGCGGUACUGACAGUUUAGAAUGUAUCAGAGAAUCCUCAACUAUCGGUUAUUCGAUUUUUAAGAAAACACUAAACAUGUCAAUUAACAUUAAAGGUUGUAAUUGUUUGCCAUCGUGUACAAGUGUUCAGUACGACUUUGAAACUGUAGAAUUUUUUAGGAACUGGACAACAAAUUCUACAAAACCAAAACUAGUUCUCACGGAAGAAUCAGCUUUAGUAAUGAUUUACUUCAAAAGGAAAUAUGUUAUUGAUAUACAAAAAACUCCGUUGAUGCCUUUCAACGAACUAUUAGGUAACAUAGGCGGUUUGUUUGGAUUAUUUCUUGGUUGCAGCAUAAUCAGUUUUUUUGAAAUAUUAUAUUUUUUUGUGAUACGAUUAUAUUUUGAUCGCCGAAAUCGUAGGAAGGCCAAAUCAAAAAUAAUGCCAAGUUUUAUCCUUGAGUCAUAA